AUGGUGGAAAUGGAGAAAGCCAGACCUGUGUGGAACAACCCCUUACAGUUUGUGUUCGCCUGUAUUUCCUAUGCGGUGGGACUAGGGAACGUCUGGAGGUUUCCCUAUUUGUGUCAAAUGUACGGAGGGGGUGGAUUUCUGAUUCCUUAUAUCAUCAUGCUGGUUGUCGAAGGAAUGCCCCUCCUUUACCUAGAACUGGCAGUGGGACAGCGAAUGCGGCAGGGGAGUAUCGGAGCAUGGAACAUAAUAAGCCCCUAUCUUCGAGGAGUUGGCAUUGCCAGCGUGGUCGUCUCCUUCUUCCUCUCCAUGUACUACAAUGUGAUUAAUGCCUGGGCCUUUUGGUACCUCUUCCAUUCAUUCCAGGAUCCCUUGCCAUGGUCCAGCUGCCCACUGAAUAGCAAUCUCACCGGUUAUGAUGAUGAAUGUGAGAAAGCCUCAUCAACUCAGUACUUUUGGUACCGGAAAACCCUCAAUAUCUCACCCUCCAUUGAGGAGAAUGGGGGCAUCCAGUGGGAACAAGCCUUGUGCCUCAUCCUGGCGUGGCUGGUGGUGUAUCUCUGUAUUCUGAGAGGCACAGAGUCGACUGGCAAGGUGGUCUAUGUAACCGCGUCCCUGCCUUACUGUGUUCUCAUCAUCUAUCUGGUUCGGGGUCUCACCCUGCAUGGAGCCACCAAUGGCCUUGCGUACAUGUUCACUCCCAAGAUAGAACAGUUAGCGAACCCCAAAACCUGGAUCAAUGCAGCCACCCAGAUCUUCUUCUCCCUUGGCCUUGGGUUUGGCAGCCUGAUCGCCUUUGCCAGCUACAAUGAGCCAAGCAACAAUUGCCAGAAGCAUGCCAUCAUUGUGUCUCUGAUUAACAGUUCCACGUCCAUCUUUGCCAGUAUCGUCACAUUCUCCAUCUAUGGUUUCAAGGCCACAUUCAACUACGAGAACUGCAUCAAUAAGGUUAUCUUGCUGCUGACCAAUUCCUUUGACCUGGAAGAUGGCUUUCUGACCCCAGGCAACCUGGAGGAGACGAAAGUCUACCUGGCAUCUGCCUACCCAACAGAAUACAGUAAAAUAUUCCCAGAGAUUAAGAACUGUAGUUUGGAAUCAGAACUAGACACGGCUGUCCAGGGGACUGGACUGUCAUUCAUUGUCUACACUGAAGCCAUUAAAAACAUGGAGGUGUCCCAGCUGUGGUCGGUGCUAUAUUUUGUUAUGCUGCUGAUGCUGGGGAUAGGAAGCAUGUUGGGGAAUACCGCUGCCAUUCUCACUCCUCUGACAGACAGCAACACCAUUUCAAGCCGCUUACCCAAGGAGGCAAUCUCAGGUCUUGUGUGCCUCAUUAACUGUGCCAUUGGGCUGGUGUUCACCAUGGAAGCUGGAAACUACUGGUUUGACAUAUUCAACGACUAUGCUGCCACCCUCUCUCUGCUGCUCAUUGUGCUGGUGGAAACAAUUGCUGUUUGUUAUGUUUAUGGCCUAAAAAGAUUUGAAAACGACCUUCAAGUCAUGACUGGCUACAAACCAAACUGGUACUGGAAGAUCAUCUGGGCGUUCGUGAGCCCCUUGCUUAUCAUCAGCCUGUUCAUUUUUUACCUGACGGAUUAUAUCCUGGCGGGGACCCUGCAGUACCAAGCUUGGGAUGCCACGCAGGGUCAGCUGGUAACCAGAGAUUAUCCUGGUUACGCCUUGGCGGUGAUCGGCCUUCUUGUUGCCUCUUCCACUAUGUGCAUCCCCUUGGUGGCUCUGGGAACCUUCAUCAUGAGCAGAUGGAAAAAAGGAAAAACUGUUUCGGUGUGAGCGGCAGGACUCCUGAAGAUGUCUUCUUGGAGCCCUUGGCAUGAGUCCAGAUGGCCAUUUUUGUGUAGUUCAUAUUUAUAGAUUUACUUUCUUGGGCUGCCUUUUUAUUUUUAUUUUUUAAACAUGCCAGUAGUACUCUGGAAAGCGUCUCUUGGCUUUCAGGGCUUUUAAAGAGGAAAUAGGACCACAUGGCUGAAGGACAACCAUUUAAGAAAACUCACCAACUCCCCAGCCCUCAAGACUUCCUCUCUGGCUCUUCCCAACAAGGUUAUUUAGGACUGAUUUGUUAGCAAAAGCAUCUAAAGGAAAGCAGGCUCCUGUAAAGAAGAGAUAUGGAAGGGACUUCUUGUCAUUUGUGGCCAGGUGUAUUCACUCUCUUCUGAUGUCUGUUUAUAUGCAAUCCUUCCUUUUUUCCUGAGGGAGAAGGAGUCAUAGCCCUAGGGAGAGUGUGUUUAGAAGAACCCUGGCUGUCAGAUCACCUUAGCUGCUUAAGAGCAGCCACCAGAACUACAGAUGCCGAGGGGACAAAAUCUUUUAGAAUAUAAACAAAGGGGUCAGGUUCAUUCUGUAACAUGGCAUCCUUGUUCCCCUUUAAAUAUAGCUCUUGAAGAUUUAAGAUGAAGACCAGACCUAUUUCCAUGAUAUAAGAGACUUCCAGGUGAAGAAAUUCCUCCUACCAAUGCAGGUUGGCACCUUGGCAAAUGAUAAGCUUUUAAGAACUGUCUAGAGCAGAGGUUAAGUGACUCAAGGUCACAUAGCCAGUAUAUGUCGGAGGUAGAAAUUGAACCCAGGUCUUUAUGGCUUUGAGUUUGGCUCUCUUUCCGUUAUGCCAUAGCUGACUUUUUUUUUUUUUAAUA